CUCCAGCCCGGGUUUCCCGGCGUCCCGGCAUCUCGGUGCCAUCCGGGGGGAAGCGUUUAGGCGGCAGCAACCCCGGGAGGGAUGAGGAAGGUGGAGGUGCGGUGGCAGGUUCUUCAGGGACCUGUGGGAUUUAAGAACAUCUAAGAAAAUCUGCUUCUUCUACAUCCUUCCAUCUUAGCAUGCAAUUGAUUUCACUUGAAAUACCUAUCUGAAGAAACUUAACAGUAGGCGAGGUGUAAUUGCUUUUUAAAAAUGGUAAAAGUAACAGCUGACAGGAUACCCAAAAGAAAGCCAUAUAUUUGUGACAUUUGCUAUAAACAGUUUGAAACUCCAUCCAAAUUAGCUAGGCAUUAUCUGAUACAUACUGGUCAAAAGCCAUUUGAAUGUCAUGUAUGCCAUAAAACAUUUAGGCAGCUAGUCCACCUGGAGAGGCAUCAGUUAACCCAUAAGCUGCCUUUUAAGUGUACUGUUUGUUAUAGAAACUUCAAAAACUUAAUCACUUUCUUAAAGCAUCAGCAGCUUCAUAACGAAAAUUAUCAGAAUGAUACGAAACAAGCAGAAAACUCUGUGGAUUCUGAGCAAGACAGGGUCACUUGUGGCAUAUUUCAAUGUUCUGCGUGCUGGAAAUCUUUUACAGCUGAAGAACGGUGGACACUGCAUCAAUGUCUGAAGGCAGAUCAUCUACGUGGUGCCAGGAGGAGAAAGAAAAGUCAUGCUUGUGAAUCAUGUAACAAGACAUUUCCGUCAAGAUCUAAGCUAGAAAGACACUUCCUUAUUCACACUGGCCAGAAACCUUUCAAGUGUUCUUCAUGUGGCAAAUCUUUCAGACAGUCAACGCACUUGAAAAUCCAUCAGCUCACACACACUGAAGAAAAGCCUUUUCAGUGCUGUUUUUGUCAGAAGGGGUUUAAAAUACAGAGCAAACUCAUGAAGCACAAACAGCUCCAUGCCAGAAAUAAGACUUUCCCCAAUAUUGUAUACAAAGCAAAGACUCUUAAAUAUGCCAGACCUCACAACCUGCUCGAAGGAAAGAGGGAUAGUCUUGAGAAUGCUGACACUUACGAGUCACAGGAGAAAAACCCACUUGAUGUUCACUCAAUUUAUGUUGUACCAUUUCAGUGCCCUGCAUGUGAGCAGUGUUUUGAAACAGAGCAGGUUCUAAGUUUGCACAAAUGUUACUUAAGAGAUGGCAAAAGUUCAAAUAAUGGUACAACAGCAUGCAGCCACGCAGUCAGUAUGAAAAAUAAGAUCCUGAUGAAGCUGAAGUGUACUGGAGGAAAGGCAACAGACUUUGCUUUGACUGAUAGAAAAAAAAUAAAAUCGGGUCACUUUAAAAGUUCUGACCUGGUUGCAGCUAGAGAUCAGUGUUCUGAUCAGCAUGCUUCUACUAAACCUUUCAAGGAUUGCCAUAGCAAGCUUGACAUGCACAAGGUACUUAGUAAUCGGAUGAAAAGAACCUUAGCUGUGCCAUUACCUUGGCAGAAGCACCUGCAACCUCACGACUUUGGAAUUAAUUUAGAAGGUAUGCUUCCUGGUGAAAGCAUGUUAAACAUUGAUGAUUCAGUGGAUAAUAAAGAAGAUGCUUUUUAUGGUUCAUCAGAUGAUGGUUUCUUUGAUAAUUCAGAAGUACCUCACUGUGCUUUUUCAGCUUCUGCUAAAAAUAUACAUAACAGACGCAAAGUGUGUAAAUGUGACAGAUGUGAAAAAAUCUUUCCAUCUUCAUCCAAACUUCAAAGACAUUAUCUUAUACACACGGGACAGAAGCCCUUUGGCUGUAAUGUUUGUGGGAAGACAUUUAGACAGUCAGCUCACUUAAAAAGACAUCAGCUCACCCAUACUGAAAAGAGACCCUAUAAAAGCCCAGUUUGCCAGGAAGAAUUUGAAAACCUGAACAAACUUUUCAGUCAUCGGGGAGAUCACAUUGAAUUUAAGUGUUCUCAGCCUGUGGGUUAUUCGGGUUGUUCUCAAACACCUUCACAGGCAUCUAGCUUUCAAGAAUUUGAGCUGAUUCAGUCAAACCAUGCAGCUGAAAUCAAAGUUGAAAUCGAGUCAGGGGACUUUGUUCUUGACACCAGCAGUAGAAGCACAGAGCCGUCGUAUUUGGGUAGUAAAUUGUUGGAAACAGAGAAAAGCUGUUACAGCUGUUGGCAUGACUUUUCUGAAGAUACUGAAAAAAAUGAAGAUGUUAACAAAUUGUAUCAGUGCAGUAUCUGCUUUAAAAUUUUUAAGUCUCCUUCAAAGCUUGAAAGACAUUAUGUAAUGCAUGCUGGACAGAAGCCUUUUGAAUGUUUAGUUUGUGGUAAAAAUUUCAGACAGGCCCCACAUUUGAAAAGACAUCACCUUAUUCACUUUAAAGAGAGCUUAAACCUGAGUUCCACUGCGCAACAACUGAAGAAUACAUAGUUUUUAUCAAAACUGGAUAAUGUCCUAUGAAAUUAUAUACGUGGUUGCAUAAUUAUUAAAAGGCUUAUGUUAGACCGAACAAUUGGCUGAAUGGGAUUAUCUUUUUUUCUAUUAUGGGGAUGACUAUUACGACUAUUCUGUUAUGGAGGUGAAGAGUUAAUUUACUGUCUUUGGAACUGUCUACUUGAUAUAAAUUGUGGCGAAUGUAGGAAGAUGUUUAAAACAAAAAAAACCUUGCAACAGAAAAGCCACUUUGCAUUUAUUUUCCUAAAUUAAUUCAUAAGUACAGAUUCUCACUGUAUUAAUAGUGUUGCAGCAAUCUGCAGUGCUGCACGAGUCAUAUAUUUUAAAAGUUAUACCUUUUUCUGUACAGGAUUUUAUGUUAUGCUGUCCAAUUAUAACUACCAGAAAAGUAAAGAUAAAAAGCUUAACUUCUAGAAUAGAGAAAAAAUGGUCCUUUUACUUUCUUCUGGAUCCCUAUACAUUGCACACAAAGGACAGUUGCUGUAUUUAUUUCAUACUUCCUAAAAAAAAAACAAAUAGAAGAUGCAGAAAAUAAGUAAGUAGAGAAGGGGGAAAAUAAUGAGAAAAAAAUAUUGAUGUGGCAUUAUAGAGGAGUUAAUAGAAAAAUGUUACCUGCUUUGUAAUGUGCUUGGAGAUCUGUGGAUGAGGAAUUGGAUCUUUUCCCUUUUUAUGAUAAAAUAUAAGUAGAUAAUGCUAAAAUAGCAGGGUUUCUAAUCAGUUAAUCCACUUUACCACUUCUUUGUGUAUCCCUUGCCUUUUCUAGCUUUUUUGGCCAGUUCAAGCAAUACCGAACUAUUUUUCUGCAAGAAAAGAAGACAAGAAAUUAUCAUUAACAUUGUAAAUGGGCUUACUAUCUGUUCCAGUCUCCUGUCUAGCACACAUGUUGCACCAGUAAAAGAAAUGUUCUCUGAAAUGUGGUAAUAAUUCAGACGAGCAGUUUUGUUGGGAAGUCAUGUUCUUGUUACAUUAAAUAUAAGAGACUGAAAAUAACUUUUAGCUCAAAUUAAGUAAUUCCAAUUUUGUAUUAAUAGAAUCAGUAGUUAUACUUUCUGGUAAGUAGGGAGCUUUGCCCAUUGUUCCUGUAGGGCUGGCAAAAAGCGUAAGUGCAAUGGAGCUUUAUUAAUUAUGAACAAGAAUAAAGUUUCUUUUUUUUUUCCUCUGAAAACUACCUUUUUAGGAUAUUUUCCUUUGUUAUGCAAUUUUUGAAUAGUUGAACCAUGAAGUUUUUAAUCCUAUUUCUAAAUUAACAUAUCUGUAAGUAACAUGACAUUCUUUUCAUGAUUUAAAUAGAUCUAUAUUUAUUUAAGUAAAAUGGUUUUGAUUUUUGUAAAAAAAAUUUGAAAUUAUUUAUCUAGGUUUUGUUGUGGCAUGAGCUUUGUAGUAUUUGGUAUAAAUGAAGAGUGAAGAAAACUUUUAUUUUAUUUUUGUACAUGUUACUGUUUCUCAUUUUCAGAGAGAACAAAACCAGGAAAGAUAGUUGGAAACAGUCUGUAGUUACUGUGAUUUUUGUAUGACAGAUGAAUUCAAUAUGUUAAUAAUAUAGUUACAUAUUGAGAAUUUUUCUCCCUAUGUGAAUUGUUUCAUAUUGAAAGAGAAUACUGUAUAAAGUGUUUUGAAAGUGUAUUGUAGAGCUCUUGAAAUACUUGUAAUAAACUAUUUUGUUUAUGUUGUA